AUGGCUCGACUUUCAGUGGGCCCCCCAAUAUCAGGAGCACACAACCCCCCCCCGUUGCGACCCCGUAUACUUGUGAUUGUGUUCAAAGAGUUGCUGGGGGCCAUGCCUGUGGGGCAGCCGGAGCAAGGGGAGGACACUGCCGUAUCUAGUGAGGUGAAAAGCCAUGCCAUGGCCAACCUGAAGAAGCUGGUUCGCAACACGAGAAGCCUGCCCCAGUUCAAGCAUCUGCCAGACUUCUGGGGGUGGUACAAGUACUUCAUGGAGACUGGAAAUCAGGAAGGAGUAGAGGACCUGGACCGUAUGUACAUGGCUUACCUGCAGAACAAGCACAGAUCUGAGGAAAGCCCCACCUUCAACCACUACCUCACCCACCUCAGCGAGAUCUACAAGUCGUGCGCCGACUCGGACGACCCCGAGUGCAUCGCAGAGUCCACCAGCAAGCCCAAAGCCAAGUUGGUCAUGCCCGCUCCCGUCAAAGCAGCCCCCGCCAGGCUGUGCAACCCCUACUACGACCCCUACUGCCUGUUCCCUCUGCGGCCCAAGGCCGCAGCCCCAGAGCCUGCCCCGGCCCCGGCCAAAGUCCCAGCUCCCAUCCUGACCCCCAUGCUGCCCAUCCCCAUGAAGUCCCCCACAGGUUUCUACUACUACGCCCCUGUCCUGGAGUCCUUCCUGAGCGCCGAGCAGAAGACGGAGCUCCUACGCAUCUGCAACCCCUCCGACGUCGAGUGUCUCCAGUACCACUUGCGUGCCGCCUACGGGUACCGCCCCGCCCCCGGCCCCGCCCCGUCCUACUCGGCCCUGGGCUGCGACCCCACCAGGGACCCCUACUGUAAGCCCCUGCUGGUGCAAAAGGCCCCCACCGGCUACUACCACCUGUACCCCACCUGCAACCCCGAGAUCGACCCCCUGUGUGUGGCCAACGUGGCCUCCCCGCCAGCGCCCGCUCCUGAGGCUGCUGCGGUCGAACAAGCCCCCAAGGAGCAGCACUGCAACCCCCUCUUCGACGAGGGCUGCAACCCCCUGACCGCCACCAAGUUGUCCAGCCUCACCAAGCCCGUGCUGGAGUACACCCCCAAGGAUGAGCCGGCGCCCCCCGCCCUCGCCCCUGCCCCAUUCCGCCCCGCCCUGGCGCCCUGCGACCCCACCUACGACCCCUUCUGCCUGCUGAGGGCAGCUGCCGCCCUGCGUAAGCCACUCCAGCUCCUGCCCCAGUACGAAGUCCGCUCCCGCCUGGGGGUCAAGGGCAAGACGAAGGAGGGGUACGACUGCUACAUCCACUACGACGAGGGCUGCGCGGUCGUGGAGGCCAGCGAUGAUGCCAAGGCUGCUGCACCCGCCCCCGCCGCCCCUGCCUGCCACCCGUUUGACCCGGCCUGCAGCAAGUUCGCUGCUCCUGCCCCCGCCGCCGCCGGCCCCUCCAGGAACGGUGUGAUCGAGCCACACCCCGACUGCGACCCUGAGGUCGACUACAACUGCCGCCUGCGUCGUGCCAACCCCGCCGCCGCCGCCGCCGAUGAACCCGCCCAGCAGGAGGAGCCGAGCCACGAGGCCGGAGCGCCACACCCCUUCGCUGGCUACGCAACUCCCGAGUACGCCGGCCCACGGUUCGAAGACUUCCUCAGGGGAUACAUGAGCCAGUACAGGAAGAAGUGAAUCAUCUGAGUUACACGGUCAUGAUAACGAGCCAUUAUAUGUGUCGCACUGGCACACUCCCACUCACACACACACACAGUCUAGCAGGGUGACAUGGUUCGAUCAACACUGACACCCAGAUCUGGGAUCCAAAACUCUGAUCACAGAGAUAUCAUAUGUCCCGAUAUGUUCCAGUUCCAGUCAGUUAUAUUAAUGGGCUAUACGUUUCUAUAGGUUUUAUGGUCAAAACUAGGUAAAAUGUGUGAAUUAAACACAACAUUGUAUGUCUGCAGGAGCAGUUCUCUGUGUAGACGGUGUGUGUUCUAGAGUAGAGUACUGUACUUGAAGGUGGAUUAGUCAUAAUUCAUGUGUAUGCAAAGUAUCUCCUCGUGUUGUACAUUGAUUUGUGAACAUUAUUCUCUCUAAAGUGUAUUUAAUGUUGUUUUCAUAGCUUUUCUGUAACUGUAGACCUCAAACACACUCCACUAUUUUGUUUUUUUUUAAGUUCAAAAUAAAGACAUGUUCUGAAACUAAGCUGGCAUUUACUUCUGAGGACAUGAUAACCUAUU